AUGGCGAAGCAUCGCUACUUCCUUAACCGCUUCUACCACGUGGUCAGCUCGGGCACGGAUCAGGGAGUGAGACAGAGCGUGCUGCAUUCAGAAAUCCUGUACUACAGCGUGUCGAAGCUCGACAAGAAGACACCAUCUCAAGAGACACCGAGAAACUCUACUCGCGCCGCUGCGGAGAUGCUUGCAUCUAGCUAUGGCAAACAAUUUACCUGGGAGCUCGACAGGCGCGUGCUGGGCACACCAGACUUCGACGCGGCGCGCACUAUCGUCGAAUCCCUUGGCCUGCCGAUCACUCCGAGCGAGUGCAUGGAGAAACUGAACAAGAUCUGCGGGGAAUAUUACCACGACUGUGACCUCAUGCCUGGCGCUGAACGUCUCCUGCGCCACCUGAAGGCUCACGGUGUUCCCAUGGCUGUCGCGACGAGCACGACGCCUGCUUUGUUCGACCUCAAGAUGUCACGGCACCGAGACCUUGUGCCACUCUUUCACCACGUGGUCUGUACCGGCGGAGGAACGAAAGUAAAACGCGGCAAGCCACACCCAGACAUCUUCCUCCUGGCUGCGUCAAUGUUCGACGAGAAGCCGCCUUCUGAGAAGGUGUAG